UUAAGCAAAGAUCUUUUAAGUGAAAUAGUAUUUGUGAAUAGAGCAUUUCCCAAGUAGAUGAUCUUAAACUAUAAAAAGUUUCUGCUCCUGUCCUUCAUUAUGUCCUUUCUGCCUCCCUGCUAGCAAGUCCUCUCUACUCCAAGGAGGAACAGUGUUCAGGGAAAGACACAGCUCCCUUGUGACACCUAAUGGUGUGCCAGAUGGUAUUGAAGAACUUUUUUCAACAGCUUUUUAAGAGCAUUUGACUUACAACGGUCUUCUUUCUUUGCAGAUCGCAACGAGCGAAAUAAACCAGAGCAUCGUUCUUCCAGCCAAGGACCCUUGUCAUCCAUUCGAGCAGUAAUCAAAAGAUCACUCAUGAAUAGUGCACAGCAAAAUGCCCCGUGGAAGAGCAUCUCGGACUUCUAUUCAGAAUGAACUUCAUCGAGAUAGGAGGCGCCCAGAGAUCACCAUUGUGGCAGCAGAGCCACUGAGGCCAGCCUCAUGGUUUCCAGGAGGCCCACACCCAGGCCUAGGAUUUCCCCCAGCUCCUGCAGCUGGCCCUUGGAGGCCAAAUGAGCUGGUUCCUGCUGAGCUCCCGCCCUCUUAUGAACAAGUCAUAAAAGAAAUCAACCAAGUUCAAGUUAAUACUACAAAUAAUAAUAAUGCUGCUGCCACUCCAAGGCACACUAUUACUUCUGCAACUCAGACUGACUUUUUAGAAGAAAUAGACAACCAUCUGCCUCAAACACUACAGGCACCUCUCAAGCCUCUGCAGCUUUCCCCAGCAGCCUCAUGUGGCAAUCUUUCAGCAAGUGUAGCGCCUUUAAUAGUCUUUGAUAUUUCCAAAGCACAGAAUUGUCCAGAAAACACCAGUGCUACAAGAUGUCCUGUGCCAAGACCAAGAACAAAAAGCAACCUCAGGCCAGUAGUCAGAGAUACAAAUGUUAAAGAAAAAAGUAACCAGAAAAUCAGUCCAGCAAUCCCAGAAGAGGAGUCAUCCCCAGGCCAGCACCAGUCUCUAUUGGAUAAUAACGACUUAGAUAGUCAGGCAGUGAUGAACAUUAUGAACACAGAACAAAGCCAAAAUAAUAUUGUUUCAAGGAUUAAAGCAUUUGAAGGUCAGACAAAUGUGGAAACCUCAGGAUUGACCAAGAAACCAGAAAUUACUCCUCGCACACUUCCCCCAAAGCCUGCUGUUUCCUCAGGGAAGCCUUCUGUAGCUCCCAAACCAGCUGCUUUCAGAGCUUCUGGAGAAUGGGACACAUGGACUGAAAACAGACUCAAGGUGACCCCCAAGGAAGGGGUCACUCCAUACUCUUCACCGCAAGAAGCAGGAAGCAUCUCUAUAACCAAACCUGAAUUGCCAAAGAAACCAACUCCUGGCCUUAUACGAAGUGGUAAUCAUGAGAUUUCAGGUGGAGGACCCACAGUCCAGAGCCCCAGUGUUGAGAAGAUAAUCCCAACUCCUGCUCCAAGACCUUUGCUGCCGAAGAAAUCAGUUUCCUCAGAAAACUCUCCCUGCCCUUCUGCUCUACCUAAACCAGUCCCUGUGCCUCCCCGACUCUCCCUAGCAUCACAAACCAAAACAUUCAAGUCACUGGGAGAAGGACCCCCAGCCACUCCACCAGUUCCAGCUCUGCAAAGCAAGCCUCUGGGGGACAUCGACCUUAUCAGCUUUGAUGAUGAUAUUUUGCCCUCCUCAUCUGGGAACGUGGCUGAAGAAUCUGCUGGUUCAGAAAUGGUUCUAGAUCCCUUUCAGCUCCCCACAAAAACAGAACCAACAAAAGAAAGAGCAGUUCAACCAGCAACUACCAGGAAGCCCACUGUAAUUCGAAUUCCAGCCAAACCAGGAAAAUGUUUACUUGAGGAUCCACAAAGCCCACCUCCACUUCCUACUGAGAAACCUAUUGGAAACACUUACAGUGGAGUAUCUGGAAAUCUCAGUAAUGCUGACAGAAACAGAAAUGUGGUUCCUGACCAUACAGGUGAAACAGGAGGUUUUGGGCAAGGACCGCCAAGGUUGCCACCAAGACCUGUAAAUGGAAAAGUGAUUUUAACUCGACGGCCUCCUCCCAAAGGGGCCCCUGAAAGACCACCACCUCCCAAACUUUCUGCUUCUAGAAUACCAAGUAAAAAACUGCCUUUUAAUCGGUCCUCUUCUGACAUGGAUCUUCAGAAAAAGCCAAGUCAUUUGGCAUCUGGACUCUCAAAAGCCAAGAGUCAAGUCUUUAAAAAUCAAGAUCCGGUGCUACCCCCUCGCCCCAAACCAGGACACCCUCUUUACAGGAAAUACAUGCUACCUGUGCCUCAUGGAAUUGCCAAUGAAGACAUUGUCUCUCGAAACCCUGGAGAGCUGUCUUGUAAGCGUGGGGACGUACUUGUGAUGCUGAAGCAGGCAGAAAAUAAUUACUUGGAAUGCCAAAAGGGAGAAGGUACUGGCAGAGUUCACGUGUCUCAGAUGAAGAUUAUCACUCCUCUUGAUGAACCUCCCAGAAGCAGAGCCAACCCCUGUUUGGCCCCUAAGGAUUUAAGCCAUGCUCAGAAGCCUGUUGACAGUAAUAUUCCUCAUGCUGUGGUUCUUCAUGAUUUUCUAGCAGAACAAGCUGAUGAUUUGAACCUCACAUCUGGAGAAAUUGUUUAUCUUCUUGAAAAAAUAGAUACAGACUGGUACAGAGGGAAAUGUAGAAACCAGACUGGUGUGUUUCCUGCCAACUACGUGAGAGUAAUCGUUGAUAUUCCAGAAGGAGGAAGUGGGAAGAGAGAAUCUGUUUCAUCUCAUGUUAAUGAAGACCCAAGAUGCAUUGCUCGAUUUGAAUAUAUUGGAGAUCAGAAGGAUGAGUUAAGUUUCUCAGAGGGAGAAAUAAUUUUCCUUAAAGAGUAUGUGAAUGAGGAAUGGGCUAGAGGAGAACUUGGAGACAGAACUGGGAUCUUUCCCCUUAACUUCGUGGAGCUUAUUGAAGAUCACCCCCACUCUGGAGCAGAUGUUUUAAGCACAAAGGUACCACUGAAAACCAAAAAAGAGGAUUCUGCCUCAGAUUCUCAGGAUAACAGCCUUUCUGGAGAAUGGUGCAGAGCUCUCCACAGUUUUACAGCUGAGACCAGUGAUGACUUGUCCUUCAGGAGGGGAGACCGGAUCCUGAUCCUUGAGCGGCUAGACACUGACUGGUACCGGGGUCGACUGCAUGACAGGGAGGGGACCUUCCCAGCAGUGUUUGUGCAGCCUUGCCCAGCUGAGGUGAAAAAUAUGUCUGCCUUAACUCUGAAGGGGAGAAAGGCCAAAGCCUUGUAUGAUUUCCAUGGCGAGAAUGAAGAUGAGCUCUCCUUCAAGGCUGGAGAUCUAAUAUCUGAGCUGGAAUCUGUAGAUGAUGCCUGGAUGAGUGGAGAACUAAUGGGGAAAUCUGGGAUAUUUCCCAAAAACUACGUUCAGUUUCUGCAAGUCAGCUAAAGGUGAAGCUUGACUGCUCCUUGGCAUGAGAACUCACUUGAACUAUCAACUUUGACUAUCAGAUAUGUUUUUUGCACUAUUUUUUUAAACAAAUAUGUAAGGUAUACAUGGUACAGUAGAAUUUUCUGAAAGCAGAAAACUUGUAGAUUUUUGUGGUCAGCUUUUGUUCGCAGAAGAAAGGUGCACAUGGAAAGCUGUGAGCUAGGGAUCUGCCAAGAGAACCACCUAGCAGGCUCGGCGAGGCAGAGCAGCCCACCGGGGAGGCUCACAAGCAGAAGUUGCACUUGGACGUUGGUUCUGAACAGCGCAAGUGAAUUAACCAUGGUUCUUCCUUUUUUACUUUAGUUUAAAAAGAGGACUUUGACAUUCUACAUGUUGUAACUAUCAGGACUUGGUUGGUAAUCUAAGCUUCAUUUUUGAACUCAGAUUAAUUCUAACAGCUUGAGCACACUAGCCUUAGUGCAGGGCAAAUCCUUGCUUGGGGAGGGACAGUGGAUGGAGCAGCUGGAGCACGUGGUGAGGUCGGCUCCCGCCCACCAGACCACGCGUGUUAGUGCUCACUUUUGCCCAAGGGGUGGAGAGGGUCAAAAUUCCAUGUCUCUUCCUUAGUGAGAAGAACUACAGCCAUCCCUGAAAUGCCUUGCUAAUACAACUAACCUGUCCACACAUGUGCCAUCCUUACCUCUUUGCUCACCAUAUCCUUCAUGUUAACAGCACGUUUUCUGGAUCUGCAAUCAUUCCUUUGACAAUUACUGGUACCCAAAGGAAAAUUCAUUUUCUUUGCAUUACCCCAGUAAUACAUAAAAGUUGUGUCUUGUUAUAAGUAGUACAUUAUAAAUUGCAUAUAAUGUCUUAGAAUACAGAGCAACUAUUAAGAAAAAAGGCAGUUCCAAGACCCCAUAGCUCCUUUAUUUGCAAUAUAAUCAGAGAGAAAAAUAAUUUGAGAGGACUGAAGGCUGGUACUUUUUUUCCCAGCUCAUCUCUACACAAUUAUUAGAGUAAACAAAAAACCGGGGCCAGGGAGAUAGCUUAGUAGAAUAAGCAUUUGCCUGGCAAGUGCAAGGGCCUGAGUUCAAUCCCCGGUUCUGUCAAAAAAACAAACAAACAAAAAAAACCACUUUUCCAUCCACUGUUACAUGUUCCAAGCUUAAGAUAAAAGUGGUUCUGUGAUUGGCUGAAUCAAUUACAGUUUAUAAGCUCGAGCCCAAAAGGCUGAAGACAAUCUUCCACCUGAUCAAUGGAAUGAAAUUUCAUUGUAAAUGUAAAAUACUUUGCCAACAAUGUUUAUGGCUUUCUUCUAUUUUCAAGAAGAGUUUCAUAUGCUGGACCACUCUUUUAUCUUUUAUUAUUUUUCCCCAUUGUCCAAAAAGCUCAGCAGCCCAUGAUUCUAGCAUUAGCUGAACCCCACAGGGAGUUCUGUAAGGAAGCAGUGUUUCCUGUGCCCUUGACUGAAGCUCAUCUCCAGGUAUUUGGUUACCUUAGGUUUCAGAGUGAGGAGCUGUGUUUGCUGUGUUUUGAGUGAAAGGGUGUAAGGUAAAUCCUGGUCAAAUUUCUCUCAACAGUAAUUUCAUGAGAAAUGGAUGAAUUAAAGCAUUCUGUAGACUGAAUGCCUAUUUGUAGUAAGUUGUACAUCAGCAGCAAGGGACAGAGGUAUAGAAUGGGAUGAGUUUUAUAUCUUUGCCUGUGUAGUUGUAACAUCUUAUAUUGGAGAUUCUGAAAUUCUGUCUUUACUAGAGAAAAAAUUCCUCUUAAAUGUUGACCUUCUGUAAGCUGAAUAAGUGCAAUAGUUAUAAAUCUACUUGACACUAUGAUAAACUGAACCAAACUUCCCCAAAUCCCUUUCUGAAACUACACUGAAUUUUUUUGAGUGGGAAUGGUAUCUUAUGUCCUUCGUCCUGCACUGGGUGGGUGGAUGACUUCACAUUUAGCAACACUCUCUUGGAUUUACUCAAUAUUAUUCCUGUUUAAUUUGUUGACAAAAAAUCUGUAUUGAAAUAAAAUUCACAGUUACCAUAUUGUU